GUGGCGUCCCAUAUGCCACAACUAGAAGGACCUGCAAGUAAGAUAUACAACUAUGUAUCGGGGGGAUUUGGGGAGAUAAAUCAGAAAAUAAUAAUAAUAAUAAUAUCCAUUCCUAAGGUUCUUUCGAGGAUGAUAUUCAAUAAAGUGCUUAUCUGAUGCCUGGUACGUCAGCUGCACUCAAUAAAUUAUAGCUCUAGCAUCACUAUUAUUAUCAAGUUUGGGGGCAGCAUAUGGCAAAAGUGCUGAUACUGAUUUAGGAGUGGGUUUCAUCCCUCAACUGUCAAAUAUUUUAAGGACGUGUUAAAAGCUUUGGCAUGGACACUACUUUAAAUAACAAAGUCCUUUUCCCAAAAUCAUCUGAGAAAUGUCCUAAGAGUAGAGAGCUGAUUCCAAGAAGUGGUUUCAAGUGCCAUUAUCAAGUGGGGACAGGGGCUCUGGGGGAUUUUGGGGUCAGCAAAUAUCAAAUGAGCUACCACAGAGUUGUGGCGGGGAUUUCCCAUGAGGCCCCGCCCCCAGCUGAGUCACUGAAACUCCUGGGUUUAAUCUGCUGUCCUCGAGCUGCUGAUCCAUCACUGCUCUGAAGAUCGAGGAGCGGAAAGUUCUCCACCAGCCCUGAGAUCUCAAGGUUUGUUCAUUUGGGGCAGAUCGGGGGAACUGAAUUGGAGUGAGGAUAUAAGCUUUAUUCCCUUUGUACAUUUCUGGACUUUUUUGCCUUCUAAUUCUAAUAACUUUCAUUCCAUCACCCAUUAAAUAAAGAUCAAGAACCUGGCUAAAGAGACUUUUUUCCUCCUCAGUUUUGUUACUAUAUGAGCUUGCAAUCUCCAAAUGAGCAAAUACGUGUCUGUUAAGAAAAUGUGAUAAUGAAUUGAGCAGAGAGUUGUUUCGACAUUUUAGCAAUUAGGUGUUGAAAUUUCCACCAGCUCUUCAGACAAAUAGUAAUAAUAAGAUGUGUUCUCAUUGAGCUGAACUGUCGGAUGCUUCCACUGACAGAUUCUCUUUUUAAGGACUGUAUUUCAGGGGCAGCAAGCAACUGGCAGUUUUGAAAUCUGGAUGCAAAUGCUGGUAGCUAUGGAAGUCCCCAAAAGUUCUGGCUAUUGUUAUUUCUGCAUUUUGGCAGAACAUCUUGGAAAGUGCAUGCUCAGGCUUUGGCAACCAUGUACAAAGCUAUGUGUUUAGUCAUGCUUGUCUUAUCAGAAAAGUUUCUAUGAAUUUGCUACCUUUUCCAUAAUAUUCCAUCAUUAAUUGUUCCCGAAAAACCCUUAGUUAGGAUACGGUCUUGUGGGAUUGUAUAGGUAAUGGUUGAAAUGUAGAUAAUUCUAAAAGGAGAAACCACCUCAUUCUUGGAAAUUUUUUCCCACUUUUUGCAGAGUGGUAUUUGUGAAACCAGCUAAUUUGAUUAAAUUCUUUUGGAGUCUACUUUGCUAGUAUCAUAUCGAUGCAAGAUUUCAUCAUGGGAAAUGGCUAUUACAACAUAGUGGCUACUGUGCUAUUGGUCAUGAAUUUUGAGAGGACAAGAUCAAUAAGGCAGAAUUCCUGUGAUAACUGUCCAGCUGGUACUUACUGUGGGAAAAACAACAAUCAGACUUGCCUUCCCUGUCCUGCAAAUAGUUUCUCCAACAGAAGUGGACAAGAGGCCUGUGACAUAUGCAAGAAGUGUGAAGGUGUUUUCAGAACCAAGAAGAUAUGCUUCCCCACCAGCGAUGCAGAAUGUGAGUGCAUCUCGGGGUUCCACUGCUUCGGGGAAGGAUGCACCAUGUGUGAACAGGAUUGUGAGCAAGGUCAAGAAUUAACCAAAGAGGGUUGUAAAGACUGUUGCUUUGGGACAUUUAAUGAUCAGAAAAGUGGCAUCUGUCGACCCUGGACAAACUGUUCUUUGGAUGGAAAGUCUGUGCUUGUGAAUGGGACGAAGGAAAGUGAUGUGGUGUGUGGACCAACGUUGGCCGACUUCUCUCCAGGUACAUCCUUCAUCGCCAUGCCUGCCCCUGCGAGAGAGCGAGGAGGUCACAACCCCCGGAUCAUCAUCCUCUUUCUCGCACUGACCUCCACGACAGCGUUGUUCCUGGUGUUCUUCCUCGUGCUCCGUCUCUCUGUUGUUAAACAGAGCAGAAAGAAACUCCUAUAUAUAUUCAAACAACCGUUUAUGCGACCAGCACAAACUGCCCAAGAGGAAGAUGCCUGUAGUUGCCGAUUUCCGGAGGAAGAAGAGGGAGAAGGUGGACUGUGAGCGGGAUCCGGGAAACGCUGGGGCUCUCGAGGAGGAUCCGAGGAGGAAUGCCAGACACGCCGUCUUACCUUUCCAAUUGAAAACACGUCUUGCG